AUGAGUCUCGAGCAGCAUCCCGCUAGCAGUUCUCGCUUAGGCGGGCUGGGGGCCCCCCGUAGGCGAGGAGGUGGGCGGGACCGGAGGGUCGCCCCGCCCCCUGACGGCCCCUCCGCGCUGGGCGCUGGGAUGAGGCAAUCACGUGACCUCACAUCCGGCGCGGGAGUCCUGAGCUCGCGGGGCGCUCCCCGUGUGCCCGCCGGCCCUCCCCGCAGCGUGACCGGGCGCCGUGGCCGCGGGGAGGGGGUCCGCUUCGUCGCCGACGGCGGGAGGCCGCUUCGCAGCACAGACCGUCCCCCUCCUGCCGGUCUUCCGCGCCGCGCUCCCUUGUUCUCGCCCUGCCCGGCUGCACGCCGCCUCCGCCGCUCCGCCGCCGCGGGCGCCGACAGCGGAGCGCGGACGCCCCUGAGCCCGGUGCGGCCCGGGCCCGGGCCCCGCCGCGGCGCCUCUGUUCCCACAGCCGGAGCCGCGACGCGUGGCGGCGGACCCUCGAGCCCGAGCGACCCGCGGCCGCCGGCGCCGGCCGUGGGUGAUGGGGUUGGGCUGAGGAGAGGCGGCGGCGGUGGCGAAAGCGGCCCCCCGGCCCCCUGCGGCCUUUUGGCUGCCCGGGCCGGGAGGCCGCGGAGAAGGCGGCACGGCGGCGCGGCUGGUCUGACAGAAGCAUCCUAGGAUCCUGGGUGUCUGGACAUAAGAGUUAUCCUCACCUGUUGUGAAGCACAGCACCUUUCAAGCCACUGUAGAAAUGGACAAAGAAGAAAGGAAGACUAUAAACAAGGGUCA